CCCCAGCACCAGCAGCAACGACAGCCUGCAGCUCGACGUCACCGCCUGUGCAUUGGGAAUCUGCUAGGACUGUCUUUCAUUUGGACAGAUCGGACGACCAACCCGCGGAUGAAUGCGACUGUUGGUGCAUUCCACCUCAUACCCUUUUUGAUAUCCGCGUCGCAUGGUUCAUCGCCCUUACCUAUCCUCUCUUGCCCGCUUCCCCACAGUCUGCGAUAGACCGUCUUUCAGUUGUUACCCUGCCAAGAUAGCACCACCACUGUUUCGUCAUAUAUAAGUUCUAUUUUAUAUUCCGGGAACCGCCCACCAUGUCCGACGACGAGUACUACGACGAGUUCGACGACGACAUCUUCUGGAUCGAGGAACCCGAACCAGACGCUGCGGACGAUCUCGCCGCAACAGCCCACUAUGACGCUCUCUACAUCGACGACCCCGUCCUCGAGGCCGAAGACUACUUCAGCGACUGGGAAGACCUUUCGGACGACUUCUACGACGAAGACCCGACCGCCAUCCGCCGCCUACGCGCAAUGGGCCAGUGGCCGAACAAGACCAAGGAACAACAAAAACAAGAGCAGGCACAACAUCUGUCAAAGAAAUCGCAACCCCUGCAGCGGAAUCCGGCCCUCCAGCCAGACCUCAAGUCCUUCCAAAACGUCAUCUGGAAGUCCCCCGCAGACGAGAACAAGGUUGUCCUCUACCAGCCCGGUACGGGCGAACAGGUUGCUUUAUUGAAGAACUGGCGUGAAGUGUUUCGGAACUCGCAUCCCGCGCUGGAGAGAUCCCGCGCUGGUAGACCGCGUGGGGCGGUGACUAAUGGUGUCGCUCCUGCGGUGCAGUCGGGGAAGCAAAGAGGGCGUCGGACACGAGGAUCGCCCGUGCCAGCGGUGGAGAGUGUCCUGGAUGACGCUGAUGACGAGAAGACGGUCGAGAAAGGUUCGUCACCGGCGGUGGUGCGCACCACCCGCGUCGUCAGACCGCCUUCCACCAUCCCUGUCGACUCGAAGACAUCGCAGGAGAAUUCCGUCGAAGUGAACGGGUCGCUCGAUGCAAUGCAGACUCAGCCGGAUCAGAUAAAUGGCACCUCUGCGGCGGGCGAAGGCUACGAGGAGGUGACGAAACCGCCGACUACCCCGCGGUCCACCAGAGGGAGGAAACGCAAGGCGUCUGUUUCGCAGGCACAUCCCGUAUCAGGCGAAAAUAAUGACGACGGCCGACGGUCAAAACGAGUCACUUCGAAGAAGGUCGGGGACACGACGGAGCAGCCACCGCCAACAGAAACGACUCCAGUUCGCAGAUCCGCGCGACGCAAGAAAUAGACCCAGCAGAAUAAAAAC